AUUAUAUAUGUUAUGUUAUUAUUGCAAUCGUCACUUCAACUGUAACUUCAUUCAGUAGCUAGUGAUACGUGUGUCCGUGGACAGACACACACAAAUACAUACAAAAUGGGGAAAGAUGAAACGUUGCCUAACUAUGAAUACAGCAAAGUUCCUACAAAACAAAUCCUGGAAGCAAAGCAAGAAAUCCCCACACAUUAUGGAUACGGAGUCAGACAUGUUCAACUUUUGAUAUGCUUUCUAUGUAUAUUAGUUAGCUUCAUAGCUAGAGGUCACAUGGGGGUCACAAUUGUAGCUAUGAGUGAUACUCCCACUGAAAACGGAUCACUAUCAGUUAAUAACAUUACAGUACAAACAGAUGUUGGUAAUGUUACAAAUAUUCAAGAAGCGAUUGAAAUUAAUUCUACGAUAGAAGAUAUUAACAAUUUAAAUGAAGAUUAUAAAAAAAUUCAUGUAGUCAAUGAUACCACUGCUGACUACCAUCAUAAAAAAUAUAUCUGGCCAAAGUCAAUACAAGAAAUGGUGUUAGGAUCAUUUUUCUUAGGUUACUGCAUCAUGACUUUUCCGAUGGGAAUGGUAGUCCAGCGGUGGGGAGGCAAGAUACCGCUGCAAAUCGCCUUGUUUGUCAAUGGAGUAGCAUCUAUAUUAGCACCGUGGGUCAUUGACUGGGGCGGUUGGAAGGCAGUGUGUGCCUGCCGUAUUCUACAAGGUCUAGCCCAAGCUGGUGUGUAUCCAAGUAUUCAGAACCUCCUGGCCAACUGGGUGCCAGUGAAUGAACGCGGAGCCCUCACCAGCUACGUGUACACAGGGUCCACACUAGGCACUGUGAUAGCGUUCCAGAUGGCAGGCUACUUGGCUGACUCCAGAUGGGGAUGGCCAACCACCUUCUGGGCAGUCGGUGCAAUAUGCAUGGGACUGUUCACUGUGCUGACAAUAUUCGGUGCAGCAUCACCACCACGCCAUAAAACUAUUAGUGAAGAGGAAAAGACUUAUAUUAUGGGACGUGUUGAUGACGGGACGGUCAAGAAAUUAAGUAUACCGUGGAAGGCGAUCCUAACAUCAAAACACGUGUGGGGUGUGCUUGUGACACACGUGGGGAGCGGAGUCAGCUUCGUGUUCUUCUUCACACAAGUCCCCUCCUACAUCCACUAUAUCCUCGGCAUCAAUGUUAAAAGUAGUGGUAUCCUGUCAUCAUUACCGUACGUCAUUAGUUUCUUCACGAGCCUCUCAUUUGGAAUACUCUCCGACUACUUGACUAACAACAAAUAUCUACAAGUAAAGAAUGCUAGAAGACUGUUUAAUAGUAUUUCUCAAGUAGGAGUUGCUGUGGCACUUAUAUGUGUCACAUUCACCACUAGCACGGUGGUGGCGGUGCUGUGUCUGGUGACGUCCAUGGGAUGCCACAUGGCGAUGCAUGUCGGAUGGAUGGUUAACCACAUCGACUUGGCCCCAAACUUCAGCGGCACUCUCAUGACCAUCGGCAACACUGUGAUGAACAUCUUCAACGUGUUACUGCCCGUACUUAUAUCCAACGUCGUCACAGAUGUUCACAAUCAGACGCAGUGGCGAAUUAUCUUCUUCAUAAUAGCGUCUUCAGGUUUCGUAGCAAACGCCAUCUAUGUGUUAACCACUACAGCAGAGACACAAACGUGGAACGACUGUGAACAAAUUGAUGCACACCUGGAAGGAAUAGAAACUAAAAACGAAAAAAAGAAGAUAGCAAACUCAUGAAAAUAGUUAUAUUUACUUUAGUUAAUUAGUAAAUAAA